GCAGGCCUUCAUCUGUAACUGGACUGUUGUGUGUUGUUGCAGAUGUGGGGUGUGACGCAGUUGCUGUGGGGGAGCCGCCCUCUGGGCCCCCUGCUGGCCCAAGUCUCCCGCUCGUUUUCUCUCGGACGCUGCAGUCUAUUCCGGGACCCUGUUCCACAGCCCAAAAACAUUGAUCGCUGGGACCACAAGAGGUCGCUGUUUGGUGUAUAUGAUAACAUCGGAAUUUUGGGUGACUUCAAAGCGCACCCCAAACAGUUGAUCGUCGGCCCCUCCUGGCUGAGAGGCUGGAAGGGGAAUGAGUUGGAGAGGUGCAUUAGGAAGAAGAGGAUGAUUGGAAACAGGAUGUUCUAUAAGGAGAGACAUAACUUGAACAAGAGGAUCAGUUUCCUGUACAGAAGAUUUAACCGCUAUGGAAAACAUCGCUGAGGCCUCCAUGGCCGCCUGGUUUUUCUGCAGGCACCAAAUAAAUUAUUUCAUAUUA